AUGAAUGACAAUAAUGACAAUGUGAAACAUUAGAAGAGAGGCAUGAAUCCGUGAUCUCUGAAACUCCCAACAUCUUCCCCCAUCUAACUUGUGAAAACCUAGCUCCUCCUUUUCUCACAGCAAGGUUGGGAUUUCAUUUCAUCAUUGAUUAAGUGACAAACUGCAACUUCUCUAUCUCUAUUUGCAACAAAAUUUUGGAACUUUCUGAGCUAAGCUUUCAUUUGUUUGUUCCGACCACCAUUUAUUUAAUUUGUUGUUAAUGUAAGUUAGUUUGAUAUCUUCCAUACCCAUCAUCAUCAUCAACCUGCAAACAACACCAACCUAGGAAAAGCCAAGAUCUUGAACUACCCCAUCAACCGUAACGAUCUCAAAAUCCGGGCUUUGACCCGAUCGGAUUCCAAAAAUCCCUCCUUUCACCGGAACCACCCACACGCCAUAUGCCCCAACGCCACCGCAAGCCACACCCACUAUCAUGGGAGCUGAGAGAAAAUGGCUUUUCACGCUGUUCAGUGCGGUGUUCCUCACUUUCAUGGUUCUGAUAAUGUCUUCCUUCUCUUCCUUUAGCUCCCCAAAGGCUUUUCCUUCCCUUGUUCAGCAUGGUUCUCCUUACCCUCCUUCUUUUGCGUACUUUAUCUCUGGCGGGCACCAAGAUAAGGAUCGGAUCUUGCGGUUGAUGCUGGCGGUUUAUCACCCAAGGAAUCGGUACCUCCUUCAUCUUGGAAGGGACGCCGGAGAUGACGAGAGGCUGGCCCUUGUCUCCGCUGUCAUGGCGGUGCCGGCUAUUCGGGCUUUUGGGAACGUUGAUGUGGUUGGAAAUGCUGAUUGGAUCACGUACUUGGGUUCAUCCAAUGUUGCCCUCACGCUGCGUGCUGCUGCCAUCAUGUUGAAAUUGGAUUCUGGUUGGAAUUGGUUCAUCACUUUGAGUGCACGUGAUUAUCCUCUCAUCACUCAGGAUGAUCUUUCUCAUGUUUUCUCUUCUGUUAGGAGAGACCUGAAUUUCAUUGAUCACACUAGCAACCUUGGAUGGAAAAUAGGUGAUAGAUUCCAUCCUAUAGUAGUUGACCCAGGGCUAUAUUUAGCAAGGAGAAGUCAAAUUUUUCAGGCUACCGAGAAACGGUCAACCCCUGAUGCGUUCAAACUCUACACAGGUUCAUCUUGGGUAAUUUUGAGCCGAUCUUUCCUCGAAUUUUGCAUUUUUGGUUGGGAUAAUUUACCUCGAGUACUGCUGAUGUAUUUCACAAAUGUGAAGUUAUCUCAAGAAGGCUACUUCCAUUCAGUUAUUUGCAAUGCACCAGAGUUUAAGAACACAACUGUAAAUGGGGACCUAAGAUUCAUGAUCUGGGACAAUCCUCCAAAGAUGGAACCACACUACCUUAAUAUGUCCGAUUAUAAUCGGAUGGUAGAUAGUGGAGCUGCAUUUGCAAGGCAGUUCGCAGUUGAUAAUCCGGUGCUGGACAUGAUCGAUGAAAAGAUCCUUCACCGCGGUCGCAAACAAGUCGUGCCAGGGGCAUGGUGUUCUGGGCAGAGGAGCUGGUGGUCAGAUCCAUGCUCCCAGUGGGGCGACGUCAAUAUACUGAAGCCGGGUCCUCAGGCCAAGAAGCUCGAGGCUUCGAUUUCUGGCCUUCUGGAUGACUGGAACUUGCAGACCAAUGUAUGCAAUUGAUGGACCCGGUAAUAGAAACAUUUUAGGAAACCGCUAUUCAUGGACCGGUAGAAGUUGCCAUUUAUUGAGAACACAUUCUUUGGUCACCAGAGUUUGAUUUGGAUGUUGGAAGUUGGGGGAGGAACUGCUGUGAUAGCAGGAUUUUUUCUUUUUCUUUUGUUUUUUUUUUGUUUUUCCUAGUGAGUGUCCAUAGCAAACACGAGAGUUGGAGGGUGGGGAAGGGAAUAUAUGUAUUGUUUGAGGGGCCUCUAAUGUUUGUUGUUGAUGCUCCAAUACAUUCAAUAAAUAGGAGGAUAUUCAUCCAGCUUCCAUUUUCAUCA